GUUUUAACUAAAACAAGCAAAGUGCAAUAGUGUUCCUCACUGGUCCGAGAUGUGUAAUCCCACUAAAGAGAGUGGUUCUAACCAAAGCGGCUUGGUGUGUAAGGAAAAAAGAGCUUAUUUUCAGAGAUAUUGGACUUGGGCCGAUGUUGCAAGAGCGUUAACCGUUAUGAUUGUUCACUUUUGGUGUCUCCUGGCGCCAUUUAACUACACAUGGGAAGCAUUACGGUUCGGUUUGAUUCUGGUCACAGUGACUAACCUGCUCAUCACAUUCUCGUACCAUAGGAACUUGGCUCAUCGGAGCUUUAAGCUCCCGAAAUGGCUUGAAUAUCCUAUUGCUUACGCUGCUGUUUUCGCUCUUCAGGGUGAUCCAUUGGACUGGGUGAGCAUACAUAGGUUCCAUCACCAGUUUACAGAUUCGGGCCGUGACCCACAUAGUCCUAGGGAAGGAUUUUUGUUCAGCCAUGUCAUGUGGAUAUUCGACACGCUUUAUAUAAAAUAUAAGUGUGGUGGACGUAACAACGUGAUGGACUUGAAGCAACAAUGGUUCUAUAGGUUUCUGCGAAAGACAAUUGGUUUCCACGUCUUAAUGUUUUGGACCGUUCUCUAUCUCUACGGUGGUUUACCUUACCUUACAUGCGGCGGGGGUGUUGGAGGUGUGCUGGGGUACCACUUGACAUGGCUCGUAAACUCAGCAUGCCAUAUUUGUGGGUCUAGGUCGUGGAAUACUAAAGACACAUCUCGUAAUGUUUGGUGGCUAAGCUUGUUUACGAUGGGAGAGAGUUGGCACAACAACCACCAUGCAUUUGAAUCAUCUGCGAGGCAAGGCUUAGAGUGGUGGCAGAUAGACAUAACUUGGUAUCUCAUUCGAUUAUUUGAGAUUCUCGGAUUAGCCACCGAUGUGAAAUUGCCAUCGGAAUACCAAAAACAGAAGUUGGCUCUCGCUCGUUGAUUUUUAUUUAAAUUAUUCACAUGAGAAAGAAAGCAGAAAUUUAUUUCAAAAGUAAUUUAAGUUAUAAGUUCUAUAGUACAAACGAUUAUAGAGUAUUAUGUAUAAGUUGAGAAUAAAGUUAUUUUCGCGAUUAUGGUUGUUUUAUGGAAUAGAUGAAUGUUUGUACUUCUUCUGUCUUAAUAC